AUGUCUUGGACGUGGUUUAGGAGGAGCCAUCAUUGCGGUUCCGAGCUGCUGGCUUGACUGUGGUUCACCUGUGGACUGAUUGCAGUUCCCAGCUGGUGGCUUGACUGUGGUUCACCUGUGGACUGAUUGCAGUUCCCAGUUGCUAGCAGUAAGUCCAAGAAAUCCCUGUAAAGUGAUGGCUCGUCAGUGGGAUAACAGCCCGCCAAAAUUUACGGAGUUUGGUCCCCUGAGUUCUGAUGUAAAGCCCUCAGGGAACUUCCUCACCAGGCUCUUACGCAGAGGCAAAGAUGAGAGUGACAAGCCCCCUUCGUCAACAAGUAGUCUGGCAUCAUCACGAGAAGCUUCGCUGGAGAGGCAGGACUCACGUCCUAACUUGUCACCAGGACCAAAGUUCCCCUUUGGAGCCUCGCAGCCUUCAUGGGAGUACAAGGGAGAUGUGGAGGACCCAAAUGUCUCAGUUGACAGCGAUGUGUCGCAGGGGAACGGUGCUGCUCAAUCUGACCAAAGACGUACUCUGACUAGUGUUAUGAGUCAGAUCAGCAAUAUCCUGGAGAGAAGAAGUGCUACCCCACAAACAUACAAGGACAGUGAUUUCAAGCAGUACUGGAUGCCUGACAGUAGCUGCCGAGAGUGUUACGAUUGCGGUGACAAAUUCACGACAUUCCGCCGUCGGCACCACUGCCGUAUCUGCGGGCAGAUCUUCUGUAGUAAAUGUUGUAAUCAGGAACUCCCAGGCAAAGUCAUGGGGUACAGAGGUAACCUGCGUGUGUGCACCUACUGCUGUCGCGUUGUUCUCAGCUGCAUGCAGCAAUCAGGCUUCUCAGGUGAGCUGAAGUUGUCGCGGGAGGAUUUGCGGACGCUUCCCCAGAUGGAUUCUGUGGACAUGGACUCUGGCAGCUACCAGGAGUUUGGCUGGUGGACACCUGUGUUAAUGAGGAGACGGUCGUUAAUUAGGGAGGACGGGCUACUACAGGGCAGGUCCUCCAGCACCCCUGAUCUAGUGAAGGCCUCCACGUUACCUGGGAACCCAUUUGACUUUAACCCUCACACAGAGCUGCCCAGUGCUGAGAGCAUUCAGAUUGAGAGGAAACUGUUAGUGCAGGACUCUCAGCAGCUGAAGGACCUGUGGAGACAGCUCCAGGACCCAGAGCGAGGCAUCCAGCUACAGAGCCAUCGGGUGCGGCUGCGCAUGUACGCCAAUUGUAUCGUGGGAUCAGAGAUUAUCUCGUGGCUGGGGGAGAACAAGUCAGCCAGCAGGGAACAAGCGGUAGCCAUUGGACAAGCUUUGCUGGAUGCCUCUUUCAUUGAACCAAUCAAUGUACAGGAUAGACACCCACUGUUCCAGGAUGACUUCACCCUGUACAAGCCUGGAGAGGCUGCCCUAUCCCUGGAGAUGAGUCCUGUGAAAGAGGAGCUAAGCCAGUCAUUCAGCAGAGACGAGAGCAUGGAACCCUUGUGGGUGCAGGAGAUUGAGUCAAACGAUGAUGAGGAUGAUGCCAAAUUCCUGCCAUUAAUUCCGAAAGUGGACUUGACUGAUGGUCACCAGGAACAUAGCAGUGCCGAGAGGGGAUCCAGGUCAAUAUUUUACAUACAACCCAAACAGAGUGGUGGAGAGUCAGACUCAUCUCCUGGAGUUGUUCAGCGACAACAUCUCGUGAGCUCUGACAAAGCUCCCGAUGAGCCGUUCCCCCGCCAAGAUUCCUGUACCACAGGUCUGAGUGAUGACUUCCUCACUGGCACAUUGUUCAGCACGACCAAGGCAGGCCUGUCCCCAGGGGAAUAUUUCACCUGUCCCCCAGGCUGGAGGAGUCGGGAUCAGCUGAGGGAUGAGAACAGAGAGAAGCUGGCUUUCAGCAGACUUCAGAAAAGUCACCAGGAGCACAUGGUGUCCUUGUUGAAGCAGCUACUGAGUCAGGAGGGUCUGAGCCUUACAUGGACAGACACGUUACUCAAACUGCUGGCCAAAGUCACCGAGUUUGUCCAUCCUGAUAUCCGCACGGAGGGUGACGAUAUGGACAUACGCAAAUAUGUGCAGAUCAAAAAGAUUCCUGGAGGUCAGAAGCAGUCGACAGCGAUGUAUCACGGUGUGGUCUGCACAAAGAACAUCGCUCACAAGAAGAUGAUCCCCAGUCACACAAACCCCAAAAUCCUUCUGCUCAAGGGCGCUAUAGAGUACCAGAGGGUGGAGAACAAAUUCAGCUCCUUGGAACCACAAAUAUUACAGGAGCGUGAGUUUCUGAAGAUGAGCGUGGCUAAAGUGGCGGGUCUCAAACCUGAUGUGGUGAUGGUGGAGAAGAGUGUGUCACGUCUGGCACAAGAGUUCCUCCUGGAGCAAGGCAUCACCCUGUGUUAUAAUGUCAAACCUAGUGUGAUGGAACGUGUGGCCAGGUUCACUCAGGCUGGCAUCGUCAACUCUAUUGAUGGACUGGUCAGUCGCCCCACCCUGGGGCUGUGUCAUUCCUUCAGGGUCAAGACCUACACCCUGCCAAGUGGAGAGCAGAAAACCCUGAUGUUCUUUGAUGGCUGUGCGACACAUUUGGGCUGUACGAUUACACUGAGAGGGGGGUCAAGCUAUGAACUCAAGAGGGUGAAGAAGAUUCUACAGUUCAUGGUGCUGGUUGCUUACCACUCCUGUUUGGAGGUAUCUUUCUGUAUGGAUGAAUUCGCAUUACCUCCCCCUUCACCUGAUGAACUGGCUCUGCAGCUGGAUGGCUUGGACAGCUCAACAGACACCGAUGAUGGGAGACGGCCAAUCUUCUCCCCCCAGGGGAAUCUCUCCUCGGCCGCCAUGUUCCAGAUAGAGGUCGCCUCCGAGCUGCAAGCCAAGUCUGAUCCCAUGGCAGAGGAUUUCCUGGCUGGCAUCCACCCUGAAUCCCCAGUAAAGGAAGAUGAAACUCUUCCAGGGGAGUUAAUUGUUCCAGGGGAGGUAAUUGUUCCAGGGGAGGUAAUUCAAGAGAGUGUCAGUUCAGUUGGGAGUAGUAGUGUGGUGAGUGUGACAUUACCAGGUGAUGUUCUCCAGGUGACAGACGUGCCUGUGGCAACUAGCUCUGAAGUCAAACGUAGGAGUAACGAAAACAAAGAAAACGUGAGUCCCAGGCUGCCUGUCAAGGAGAUUCCAAAACGAAAAUCUGCCGAAAUCACUGAACUCAAGGACUUUUCUGAUCCUCUGCACAAUUACCAGAAAAGCAAAGACGAGUCAAUAUUUGACAGCCGCGUGGCAUUGACUGAACACAAACUGAAGAGACCGCAUCAUUUCCGUAAAACCCUUGAUGGGAUCAUACUAAGUUUCUCCCCUUAUUUUAAACUCGAAAUUCCGUAUUUAGAAACUGAAGCAGGGUCAAAGUGCGAGCUUAGGAAGUAUUUCCCUGAGCAAGUUUAUUGGUCAAAACUUCUGGAUUCUGACAGUGCGAGCUUAGACACAAGUAAAAAUCGCUCCUCGGCAGACUUGGAAAAUCUGACACGCCACGCUAAGCUGAACAUUGAGAUUCUGCCUGCUCAUCCAUUGAUCUUGACGCAACUGGAUAACCCAGCUUCUGAUAAAAACGUUCAGGCAAUGUUAUCAGACUUCAGAGCUAGAGGAGGAAGAAUCAAACUGACACCUAGCAACCAUGCAAAUUAUCCUCCAGUCAAGGAGAGUUCCAGCAGAGGGGCCAUAACUGAGGACAGUAAUCAGAUUGUAAACAUAGGACCAACAUGGGAGAGACGGGUUGACUGUUUAGACCCUGCGGCACACCAGAGACUAGGGGUCCUGUUCAGUAACUAUUCCUACGUCUCUGCUAAUGCUCCCUACCCCUGUGUGUCGCCCUGGGUUGUCAUGAUGGACUUCUACGGUAAAAAUGACAUCACAUUGGGUGGUUUCCUGGAGAGGUUUUGCUUCAGAGAGACGUACACUUGCCCGAGUGAGGGGUGUGACACGCCGAUGGUCGACCACAUUCGGCGGUUUGUCCACGAGACAGGCUGCAUAUACGUGAUUCUGCGAAAGCUUGACAAUCUCAUUCCUGGAGGACAGACGAACAUCUUGAUGUGGAGUUGGUGUAGGAAGUGUAAACAGGUUACUCCGGUUGUUCCUAUGUCCAUUGACACAUGGUCAAUGUCUUUUGCCAAAUACCUAGACAUUCGUUUCCAUGGCAACUGUUACCGGCGGCGAGCGAGCGCUGAACCAUGCACGCAUUCUCUGCACCAUGACCAUUACCAGUACUUUGGGUUCAUGGGAACUGUGGCCUCUUUCAAAUUCAGCACGAUCAGUCUGCGAGAGAUUUCCCUGCCCCCUCCUGUGGUAAAGAUACAUCACCAUAAAUACCCUCCUAAAGUGAUGGUGGAUGAGACAAAGAGAUUAGCUCACAGAGGGAGUGAGGUGUAUAAUGCUAUUUUAGAACAUAUGGUAAAGCUGAAGACUGAAGUACAACAUGACACCCAGAUGAAGCUGAUCACAGAGUACAUGAACAAACAACAGAUGGAGCGAGGAUCAUUAAGGGAACUGGCUCAGAAUAUUCUGCACAAGCUGGAGGUGCUACAGGGGGCGACACUACUUUCAGGGGAGGCAACUGAUUCAAGGGAGAAGUGUGCCUUGAGGUAUGAGAUUUUAGAUGAUGUUGUUCACCUCAAAAGACUGGUUGCGGAGGCAGUACUCAACUGGAACGUCAAAAUCCAGGAAUUUAUCCAUCAGCAGAGAAAACUAGAGAAAAGCAAAUCCCAAGCUACAGUGUCAAACAAGAAAGACAAGGACUUUCUUGAGAAUUCUGUAGAUAGUUUGUCGACCAAGCUGGAUGUUGGAGAAGGCGUAGGCAGUCUGCCCUCCUUAGAUGAGGGGCAUCUGUGGCCAACUAUAAGCUCAGGAGAAUUUGUAACGCAAAAGUCUACCCGGGCAGACACUAGCUCUUCAGAGCCUAAGACACCAUUUGAGGUUAUCGUCUCAGGUGAUGCCAAUUCAGAGCUUGACCUUGACUUGGCUGACCCAAAAGGUUUCAGUAAAUCUGAAAGUGAGUUACCUUCCUCUACAAGCAGUAGCUCACUGAUUCAGAAAGAGUCUGACCUCCAGGUCAAAGGUCACAUUCGCCAGGGGUCGGGUCAGGCACUGAAGAAGGACGUAAAAUCUGUUGAUGAACCGGAUGCGGGAUCGAAACAGGAAAAGCGAGGAGGGACCAUGAAAUCCCUGAUCACUAACCUUCUGUCAGGUCCAGGCUUCAUACCAGUCACUAUGCCUUUCCCCCCUGAUGAGCACCACACCCUCCAGCCCUGCCUCACCCUGCCUAUCAUCGUCUACGAUCAGGAACCCAGCUCUAUUAUUGCUUACUCUCUCAGUUGCCCUGACUACCACAACCACCUGCAGGAGAUUCAGAAUCAGUACCACAGGGAGAGUCAGAGUUCCAGCCCAUACAAUGCUCGCAGGAGUCUGGCAAACAUGUCUGGCAGAUCAGAUGCUCCUGGAAACACAACAGACGAUUUAGCUCUGAUAACUCAAGACGAUUUUUUUUUACAUGUUCUGUUAUUCUUACCAAUUCCAUGGAUUACAAGUGUUGCCUCCCUUUAUAGAUGUCCCCAGACUACCCAAUUCCUCUGCACAUCUCACAUACCCUCCUUUUUACCCCUCACCUCUCCAUUGUUUUUUUUUGUGACCAUCAACUUUGUAGGUAAAAGAGCGGGUGGUAGGGUGUUGUCAUUUUUCCGCGGUGGUCAGGCAUCCAAAGACAAGGUGGCAAGGUUAAGCAAGAAGUCAGAUUGCCUGAUGGAUUCCGUUAAGUACACUCCCUGGGUGGAAGGAGACAGUGUGGAGGGACUGCAGGAUGACACAGACGGAGUACUGCUAGCCCCCCCUGCUGACCCUGACAGGCGAUCCAGCAAACAGACACUCAUCUACCACAUUGAACUACAAUUUUCUGACAACUCAUCACGUUUUUACUGUCGAGUGUAUUUUGCUGAACAGUUCAGACAGCUGAGGAAGUUGAUAUUUCCAGCUGGAGAAGAAAUGUUUAUACGCUCAAUAAGCCGAUGUGUGGCAUGGAAGGCAAAGGGAGGCAAAUCAGGUUCUGCUUUCUGUAAAACUCGAGAUGACCGUUUCAUUUUGAAGCAGAUGUCAGGCAUGGAAGUGGAAUCGUUUGAGAAAUUUGCCCCGCACUAUUUUCAGUACAUGACAGAGGCUCACUCUAAACAGAAACCGACGGCUCUUGCGAAGAUCCUUGGUGUCUACAGGAUUGGGUUCCGCAACACACAGACAAACAGUGCCAUGAAGCAGGACCUACUGGUUAUGGAGAACUUGUUCUAUGACCGUAAAAUCACACAAAAGUUUGAUCUGAAAGGUUCUGUACGAAAUCGCCUUGUGAACACAACAGGAAAAAGUGAAGAUGAACUGGUUCUGUUGGAUGAAAAUCUACUGAAAGCGAGUGUUGACCAGCCGCUGUACAUCAGACAACACUCCAAAGCUGUCCUCAAUCAGGCCAUCGCCCGCGACACUCAGUUCCUCUCCACAAACCUUGUCAUGGACUACUCCCUCCUGGUGGGAUUGGACGAUGCCAAGAAAGGUCUGGUGGUGGGAAUCAUAGAUUAUAUUCGGACCUUCACCUGGGACAAGAAGCUUGAGAUGGUCGUCAAAUACACAGGCAUUUUUGGAGGUCAAGGUAAAAUGCCAACAGUUGUUUCCCCUGAGCUAUACAAGAGUCGGUUCCUUGAGGCCAUGGAUCGGUAUUUCCUAUUGGUGCCUGACCGGUGGAGUGGGCUGGGACGUGACAGUGACAACAUGAUGUGAUUGGAGGAGAG